AUGAGGAUCGCAGUCUCUCCCAUACAAAGUAAUAGCACAGAGCUAGGAAGUCACUCCAUGAUGUUCAGAUCCUCAUGCAGAAGUUCAAGUCCCUUUUCCCUCGGGGACCUUGACAUGUGGGACACCAAAUCUCGCUUUUCAGCCCAGACCUCAGCGUGGUAUGGUUCGGCAACUGUCUCUGGAUCUGGGUUUCUAUCCAAAGUCAGCACAAACUCAACAGGCAGCAGUGGUGGCUUCAGACAGAAUGACCCAGGUUUAAGGAAGUGGCAGUCCUUGUCCCAUUUGGUGCCUGAAGGUGCAACACGGCCCUUUCCUCCAUCGCCGGGAGCUGAAUUACAAGCUGCCCGAGGGGAAAGUAGCUUUAGACAAACAGAGGUGGCACAAUGGCUGCAGGAUGCUCAAGAACGGAUCGACACUCGGUUGGACCGGCUGAGGGCCAGAGAUGCACAACUAAGCUACAACAUGACUUCUUUGAUCGACAUGACACAGAAGCAGAUGUCAGAAGGACUGAGCCCUCUUGAGCAGGAGAGGGAGGCAGCUGAAUUAUCCUGGUUUCACAAGAACCCCCAGCACAGAGAGCUCCAUGAAAAGAUCCUGAAGCUGGAGAAGGACCUGCUGAUAAUGAGGUCUGCUUUGGACAGCACUGAUCAACCAACUGAGAAAAAACCUGAUUCACUCAGCAGAACCUUACCAGUGAGGGAAGAAGAGUUAAACAGACAGGAGAAGCAGAGGGUUGACACUGAGCUGUGCAGGCUGAGGGAGGCUCUGAAAGAGGCUGAGACAAGAGCGAAAACACAAGAAGAACAACAAAACCAGGCCCUGCAGCAACUCCAGACUUCAACUGAGACACAGAAGGCACUGUUGAAUCAAAUCGACAAGAUGAAUCAGAGGCUCAGCCACACGGUGUCAAAUCACUCCGAGGUGCAAGAGCAGCUCAGUGAAGCCAACAACAAAAUCAGCCAAGCAUGCCUGGAAAAAGCCAUCUUGUCAACUCAAGUGUUAAAGCUGGAGGAUGUUGUAAAACAGCUGAAGGCCAAACUGACAGGGGCUCUGUCUGACAAAGAUCACCUGACCCAGGAGAGAGCAGAUCUGCACCAGAGGGCCCAGGUCCUGGAGACGACACAACCAGGUUCUGAGGUCUGUGAGAUCCAUGAGCAUGUGGCUGCUGCAGAGUCUCACACCAACAAACAGGAUCAGGAGACGAUUCUGAUGAAGGAAAAAUCAACGGCCCUCAUAGAGGUAAAUGAAAAGCUGACAUAUGAGCUCAAGAUGAUGGAGCAGAAGCUGGACACAUCACGGUCUCAGCUGCAGGAGCUGACAGCAGAGAGGGUCGCCAACACCAAACUGAUCAAAGAUCUCGAGGCAGAGCGCUCUGAGCUGAUGAGACAAAAAGAAGAGCUGCUGACUAAAAUGAAUGAUGGCGGACAUGAGAUGAAGGAAAAGUGCUGCCAGCUCAGGGAAUUUGUGGAGGUUUUGGAAUUAGAAAAACAGAAGCUGCAGGAUCAGUGUCUGUGUUUGGAGGCUGAGGUCUUAGAGAACAAGGAGAAGGUACAGCUGCUGGAAGAGGUGCAUCAGGAACAAGAUGCGGCGAGAGUCAGAAACAUCGAGGAACUUAAAGCUGUGACCUCACACUGGACUGAGAAAUGGCAAAAGGUGGCUUUGACCCUGCAGUUCACACAAGAGGAGCUGGAGGAACUCAAGCAGAACAACUCCAGAAAUCAAAGGGAAUCUGUCGCACUGCUGAGGAUUGAGCUUGACGCAUGUAAACAGGAGCUGGAGCUGGAAAGGAGCAGGAGUCGGGCGCUGCUUCACAGAUAUAAAGACGGUCUUAUGGGUGGUGAAGCCGUGCAGACUCAGGACAAAGAGACAGUGACAGACUUAUCUGAAUCCUCUUUAUUACCGGAGCCGCCAUCAGACUCCCACAGCAGCCAAAACAAAUCCCCUCAGGCCUCCGAAGACAGUCAAGAUGAUGAGGACCAAGCAAAAGUAUCAACCACUGACUCGCUGCGGACUCAUCAAGAAGAGAGCGGGAGGAUGGUGAAUCAGCAGCAGGAGAAAAUGUUGGCAAUCCAGAAGCUUCAAACACUAAAGCAGCUUUACCCGGUAAAGAGACAGGAAACAGGAAACCCUCAAAGAUGGCUUCCUGCGUGUGCUGGUGAUGAAUAUGAAAAACCACUGAUACCUAAUCAGCAGGUGAAAGAUGAGAAACCACCUGUGGAAGGCAGGAAGGAUGGAUCUGUCUGUCCAGUUAAUCUGGAGACAGUCCAGCAGAACAGAAUGGUCACUGAGCAGUUGAAGAGUUUGUUCAAAGAGCGAGAAGGAAAUGAGGAGGGAAAUGUUGACAACACAUCAGCAGCUGCUCAGACUGGGACCUUCUCACCUCAGGACUGGACUCCCACUCCUAAAGCUGUCAGGACUGCAGUGGACAGGUGGAGCUGUCAGCAGAGCCCCGGUUUGAUGCCGGUGUUCGAGGAGGACGAGGAGAGCAGUGACCAAGGAGGGGAGGAGGAAGGGUUGGCAGGAGAGGCCCUGGCUGAGGAAAACCUCCACAAACAGGGAAACAAGAUGUCAGCUGUGAGUGCAGAAAUCAGCAAUCUGAAGGCAAAUAAUGAGAAUCUGCAGCAAGUCAUAAGAUUCAAGGAGCCGAUCCAGGAUCUUCACACUGCAGCAGAGAAAGUAUCAGAUGCAUCUUCAGAUACUGAAGAGUCCAUCCUGACUCACUGUUCAGAUGAGUGUGACCUGCAGCAGAGGACACCGUCCUUCUACCCUGAUGGAGUAUUCCUGGCUGAGCUUGUAGAUAUCUGCAGCCCUGAUGAAGAUGAUGAGGAGGGACAGGGUGUUUUGUGA